AUGCCGGUGACCUUCGAGGAGGUGGCUGUGUAUUUCACACAGGGGCAGGGGGCUCUGCUGGACCCCACUCAGAGAGCCCUCUACAGGGACGUCAUGCAGGAGAACUACAAAACGGUGACCUCGCUGGGAUUUCCUGUUCCCAAACCGGAGCUGAUCACCCGGCUGGAAUGCGGGGAAGAGCCGUGGAUCCCUGAUCUCCACACCUCCAAGGAAUGGGACAUCCACAAAGGAACCCGCACAGCACAGGGAAUGACUCCUGUCUGGAUUCUCUCUCUCCCAGCAGUUCAUGAGGCGAUGAUGAGUGAGAACAAGGAGAAGAAUUCACAGCAGGAAGAUCCCGAGCAAGUGGAACUGCAGGGGAACUUUUGGAGAAGAGCCGAAGGGAAUUUCUCCCAGUCCUUGGAACAGGGCAAAACUUGGAGAAGUCGGCAGAGGCCAGAGAGGCAGUUGGGAAACCACCCAAUAAAGAAAGAGGAGGAAUCCAUUGAACGUAGGGUAGGAUGCAAGAAUCCCAAGGAAACCACAGCCCCACAGACAAAUCCCAAGAAAGAAAAACCCUAUAAAUGUCUGAGCUGUGAGAAAAGCUUCAAUCAGAAAUCGAACCUUAUCACUCAUCAGAGAAUCCACACAGGCGAAAAACCCCAUAAGUGCUUAGACUGCGGGAAAAGCUUCAGCCAGAAAUCGUCCCUUAUUAUACAUGGGAGAAAGCACACAGGAGAGAGGCCUUAUAAAUGUUUUGAGUGUGGGAAAUGUUUCAAUCAGGUCUCAAACCUGACUACGCAUCAGAGAAUUCAUACUGGAGAGAAACCUCAUAAAUGCUUGAAAUGUGGCAAAAGGUUUAGUCAGAGAUCAGCCCUGAUUACACAUCAGAGAAUCCAUACGGGAGAGAAACCCCAUAAGUGCUUGGAAUGUGGGAAAAGUUUUAGUCAGAGAUCAGCCCUUAUUACACAUCAGAGAAUCCAUAUGGCAGAUAAAAUGUACAAAUGUCUCAAAUGCGGGAAAAGUUUCAGUGUGAAAUCAGCCCUUAUUCUGCAUCACACAAUCCAUGCAGGAAAGAAACUUCAUAAAUGUUUGGACUGUGGGAAGAGUUUCAGUGACAGCUCAAACCUCACUAAACAUCGGAGAAUCCACACAGGAGAGAGACUGUAUCAGUGCCUCGACUGUGGGAAAAGCUUCAAUCGGAAAUCGAACCUUCUUACCCAUCGGAGAACCCACACAGGAGAGAAACCCCAUAAAUGCUGGGACUGUGGGAAAAGCUUCAGUCAGAGAUCAUCCCUUAUGAAACAUGUGAAAAUCCACACGGGAGAGCGGCCAUAUAAAUGUCUUGAGUGUGGGAAAUGUUUCAAUCAGAACAUAAAUCUUAUUACGCAUCAGAGAACCCACACGGGAGAGAGACCCUACAAGUGCCUGUACUGUGAGAAAAGUUUUACUGUGAGGUCAGCCCUGAUUACACAUCAGAGAAUCCAUACAGGAGAGAAACCCCAUAAGUGCUUGGACUGCGGGAAAAGUUUUAGUCAGAGACCAGCCCUUAUUACACAUCAGAGAAUGCAUACGGGAGAGAAACCCUUUAAAUGUCUCAAUUGCGGGAAAAGUUUCACUGUGAGAUCCACCCUUAUUACGCAUCAGGCAAUCCACACAGGAAAGAAAUCCCAUAAAUGUUUGGACUGUGGGAAGAGCUUCAGUCAGAGUUCAUCCCUUAUUAAACAUGGGAGAAUGCACACGGGAGAGAAACCCUACAUAUGUCUUGAGUGUGGGAAAAGCUUUAGUCAGAGAUCAUCUCUUAUUAUACAUGGCAGAAUGCACACAGGAGAGAAACCCUAUAAAUGUCUUGAGUGUGGGAAAUGUUUCAUUCAGAGGUCAAAUCUUGUUACACAUCAGAGAUCCCACUCGGGAGAGAGACCCCAUGAGUGCCUUGACUGUGGGAAAAGUUUCAAAGUGAGAUCAGCCCUUGUUACACAUCAGAGAAUCCAUACGGGAGAGAAACCCCAUAAAUGCUUGGACUGCGGGAAAUCUUUUAGUCGCAGAUCAGCCCUUAUUACACAUCAGAUAAUCCACACUGGAGAGAAGCCCCAUAAAUGCUUGGAAUGUGAGAAAAGUUUCAAUAACAGCUCGAACCUUACUAAACACCGGAGAAUUCACACAAGAGGGAGCGACUCUAGAAAUACCUCAACUGCAGGAAAAGAUUCAGUCCAAGCUCAUACAUUAUUACCCAUCAGCGAUCCACAGAAGAGAGAGAACUUGAAUGUGGGGGAAUCUUCAAUUGGUGCUCCCACAGAAUCAAGCAUUGUCAGCUCCACUCAACUUCAAGCGGAGUUAAUGCCAUGUUGGACAUCAGAGACUCCUCCACACAGCAGGGAAAUUCUCUCAGGGCCCUAACUGGGGCCGGCCAUGGUGACAAACCCAUUUCCUCGUUCCCACACACAUCAGGGCUAUUUGGUUCCCAAGGAUCCAGCUGCCCAUCGCUGGGGUGAGGAUCCAGCAUCAGCCGAGCACCAACUGGUCAGUGACCCUCUGGCUCUGCCUGGUCUAAGCAAACCCCAGGCAGAGGAGGAGAAGCCCUGAUCAGCCCCUCCUCCCUGCUGCAGCCCUGGCUGCUGAGCUGAUGGGUCACAGGUGAGGAAAGGGCUAUCGAGUGUUUGGGGCUCAUGGGAUAAGAGGCGAGGGGGAGCACAGGGGUAGAGAGGUGCUGCCUCAUCAGUCAUCCCCUCUGCCCCCCUCUCCCUGCCCCCUCUGCAUUCAGCCAGCACCACUGAGAGGGGCUGAUUCCCACAGACUGCAGCGGGUUCUCAAACUAUUUACCAUUGUGGGCUGCAUAUGCGGCCCAUAAUGCAUUAUG